AUGUACAUCGCAUUCCACUGGCUGUCUUUUGUCAAAGAUGGACCAUCACAAAUCCCUGCCAAGCGGACCGAGGGCAUACCGACCAAGGAACACAUCUUUAGCAACCCAUACUACAACCCUCGUGUGGACCCUGGGUACGAUAAUGUUCUUUUCCAUACGAGAAUGGGGAAGCCAAUUCUGUCUGGGCAUGUUUUCACGAUGAUGCCUGAUGGCUCUGAUGGAGACUCCACUGUUUUCUGCUAG